CGCAAAGCGACAAACUAAAUUGAAAGCUUUACUUCAUUGUUAUGCCUUUUCCUCAAUCCUAUUCUACUCAAUACACCCACUCCUAUUCACCGCACAACCCAACCCACUCAACUCAACAACAGCAACAACCAACCACCCCUCCUUCACCAUCCGUCGCCACCAUAGCCAGCAAUAUUGGAUCCCCCACCACCACCGCCUUACAAACAAACCCACUGAGAUUUGUAUCAAAAAAUUAGUCAUAUCUUCUUCUUCACUGGGAAUAUGUACAGGGACGUGUCUAGCUGCAACACCUAUAACUAUGGCGACGCCGUCUAUUGGGACGCUCGCUACACGCAAGAGGGUGGCUCAUUUGACUGGUACCAGCGUUAUGCUGCUCUGAGGCCUUUCGUUCGUAAAUACAUCCCUUCCUCUUCUCGAGUUCUCAUGGUUGGUUGUGGCAAUGCUGUUAUGUCAGAGGAUAUGGUCCAAGAUGGUUAUGAGGACAUCAUGAAUAUUGAUAUUUCAGCAGUCGCUAUUGACAUGAUGAGAAGAAAAUAUGAGUACAUCCCCCAACUGAAAUACAUGCACAUGGAUGUCAGGGAUAUGAGCUUCUUUCCUGAUGAUUCAUUUGAUGGCAUAAUUGACAAAGGAACUCUUGAUUCAUUGAUGUGUGGUACUGAUGCUCCAAUUAGUGCUGCUCAGAUGCUUGCAGAAGUGUGUAGACUUCUAAAACCGGGAGGGACUUACAUGUUGAUUACAUACGGUGAUCCAACAGUAAGGAUGCCUCAUCUAAGACGUCCGAUGUAUAAUUGGAAAAUUACAUUGCAUAAUAUCCCUAGACCUGGAUUUCAAAAGCCAGAAAGUUGUAGUUCAUCAAGGAAAUCAUAUGUGGAACCGAUUCCUCUAGAUGAAAAGGGAUUGAUUCCAAAAGAUUGGGUUUUGGAAGAUCCAGAUUCUCACUAUAUAUAUGUUUGUAGAAAGAUGGACAAUGCCGAGAUUGACGAUGAACCGACCUACCGGAUAACAGGCGAUGUUUUAUAGGGCCUGUUGUUGCAGUGAAGCAAGGGACGAUGAAGGUAGCUCGUCUUAUUUGUUCGAUUUGAUGUAUACCCCAGACAUAAAAAUGGUGUUUUACUAUGUUACUCAGAGACUGAAGAAACUAGGUAUUACCAUUAACGGGAUGUUUUGUAUGAACAUUUUGUUCUGUUGAAGUAAACCAAUGGCGUUAGCUUGUAGAUGACUAAAAUUAUUAUGAUCACCAAAGGGUUAUUACAUAUUACAGAUUGUUACACUUAA